AUGGCCGAUGUGGAGGACGGGGACGAGCCGGGCGCCCCCCACUCGCACCCGGGCUCUGCGGGCUCCAAGGCGGGCGCCCCCGACAAGAUGUUCUCGCUGAAGAAGUGGAACGCGGUGGCCAUGUGGAGCUGGGAUGUGGAAUGCGACACCUGCGCCAUUUGCCGGGUGCAGGUCAUGGAUGCCUGUCUUAGAUGUCAAGCUGAAAACAAACAAGAAGAUUGUGUUGUGGUUUGGGGAGAAUGCAAUCAUUCCUUCCACAAUUGCUGCAUGUCCUUGUGGGUGAAACAGAAUAAUCGCUGUCCCCUCUGCCAGCAGGACUGGGUAGUCCAGAGAAUAGGCAAAUAAAAACACUGGAAGUUUUUUUUUCCUGUUGAACUUGUUGAAAUAGUGUAUGUCUUACGCCAUAUGCUCAUACAAAAGAAUGGAACAUGUCAAUCAUGGCAUGAUUUAUUUAGUUUAUCUGCUACAAGAUCAGUGUGGUUUUGUUGUAUGCUCUUUGCUGUACGAGGAGGCAAUGGUCAGUCUUACUGCAGGUAUUUCCACAAUUGAAAAAAGAGAGACACUACAUUAAUAAAUGUAUCUGUUACGAUUUGAGUGUUAACUGUAUCAGAGCAUAGAAAUGUGGUGGUGUAGAUUAUACCCUAAAUACAGUUUAUUUAAUGUUUUUGUGUAGAUAAAUUAAUUAAUUUGAAAGGGCGACCUUACCUGUAAGUCUGAUACACUGCAUAGUUUACUGUCAGGAUAAAGAAAUUGUUUUCUAAGUAAUAUUGUAUACAAAAACACAGUCGGUGAGUUUUUUAGAAAGUAUUCUGGUUUUUAAUCUAAAAUGAAUAGUGUGUGAAGCAUUUGAUAUAUGCUUUUUCCAUCACACUAUACUAAAUGUUUCUAACUUAGGUUUUCUUUAUGACUUUAGAAAAUUCUAUAUUGUUGCAUUUCUAAGUCUGUUGCUGUGUUAUAUUCUAUACAUGAUUUCUACAACCAUAGUGUUAAAAUUUAAUCACAUUAAUAAUUUUUUUAUUUAUAUUUGUGUUAAAGGUCAUGGAGACAUGAUUUUUUGAUCCAGAGACUUUUGGUACAAAGACACAUAUUUGAUAUCCGUUAACUAGGGGCAUAAACAAUUUCGCUGUUUAGCUGACUAAUAUAGAAAGCUAUCACAACUGACGAUUUAAAUAUCCCAAGGAAAGCAGGUACUAAUUAAAUAUAGAGAAAAUGUUAAAUUGUGGUUUCAUGAAAAUUCAGUUAAUAGAAAUUUCUUUAUCAUCAUUUUAUUGGUUAUGAUGUUUUGGAAGGGGGAGAAAACAUUGCUUCAUUUUUGUGGAAAUCCUCAAUAUAUAAUCUUUUUAAUAUGAAUUGUGAUUUUUUUUUAUUUUUCUUACAAAUAUUUAAGUGCUUGUCUCUGACUUUGUCUUUCCCUAAAUAUCCAAAGUAUUUACUAUUAAUCUGAACAUAUGCGGUGGGGUUUUGUUUAUUAUAUGUAAUAGAGGUUGAAUUACUGCUUUUAAGUCUGUAACAAAUUCAGACUUAAUAAAAUGGUUAAUAAACCUAGGUGAAAUUGAAGCAAUA